CCAGCAUGUAUCCCUCGUGGCGACUGCGAUAGCUCCCCACUACCGUCCACCAGUGAGUGGUCAUCAACCCUUGGCGAUAGCGAUUAGCAGCUGAAAGGUUUUUUUUUCCCUUCCUCUUUCUUUUCCUUAGUCGGGUGACCGGGAUCUCACCUCACCGUGAUAAAAUCAAAAGAAUAAACCCCCAGCCUCCCUGCCCCUUCUACCUCCCACCACUCUACUCUUUCGCGACCGAUAGAAAAAAGGGUGUGUCGACCAAAGUUCUGCGCCGGUCUCGACUGUUCCCCCCCCCUCCAUCGUCACGCGCGGCAAACGAAAGGGAUAGACAUAUCACUACCAGUGACCCCGCCUCCACACAACUUCCGACGACAACCAUAUGUUGCGCGCCGUCUCGGUCCUCUACUUCGCAUACCACUUCCCGGCACAUCAGUCCAUGUGCCGUCCUAUCGCGAGAUAGACAUAACAGCAGGCGACUUUGAGUCUUUGCGCUUGCUGACAGGGGACGAGAAAGACCAGAAGGCAUCCUUCACUUUUGAUACGAUACAUUAAACCCGAGAAUACGUCGACAACGACAUACGACUGAUUGACCUCGCACGCAAGAUCGCCGCCGCAUGCCCGGUAUCUCAUCCCGCCUCGAGACCAUCCUGUCGCUACCGCUCCUGCGCCUUCCCUUCGCCAGGCGGAUCGUAGAAACCGGCACCUAUACCGGCACCCAUACCGACACCGACCCCCGCCGACAGAGACACGCCUACGAGCCGCUGCCCACCAUGGACGACACGGCAAAGAACUUGUACGCGGCGCCGGUGACGACGACGCAGAUUACGGCCGGACCCGACGAGUCGGAGCUCGUAAACCAGGGCCUGCACGACAUCGAGGCGCGCAAGGUGCACUGGUGGAGCUACUUCACGACGCUUGACUUCUGGAUCGUCCUCCUCAUCGGCCAAAUCCUCGCCCUGUGCAUCACGUCGACCAACACCUUCACCUCGUUCCUCGCCAACAACGGCGUCUCCAUUCCGGCCUUCCAGACCGUCUUCAAUUACAUCCUCCUCUUCCUCAUCUACUUCCCCGUCACCAUCUGGAAGUAUGGCUUCAAGAAGUGGGCAGGAAUCGUGGUGCGCGACGGCUGGAAGUACUUCAUCCUCUCCUUCCUCGACGUCGAGGGCAACUACUUCACCGUGCUCGCCUACCGCUACACCAACAUCCUCUCGGCCCAGCUGCUCAACUUCUGGGCCAUUGUCGUCGUCAUCGUGCUGUCCUUCUUCCUGCUGCGCGUGCGCUACAAGAUCUUCCAGAUCGUCGGCAUCCUCGUCGCCAUCGGCGGCUGCGGCGUCCUUCUCGCCAGCGACCACCUCACCGGCUCCAACGGUGGGCCCGGCGUCGACCUGGUCAAGGGCGACCUCUUCGCCCUGCUCGGCGCCACCCUCUACGGCGUCACCAACGUUGCCGAGGAGUGGUUCGUCAGCCGCCGGCCCGUGUACGAGGUGCUCUCCUUCAUGGGCAUGUGGGGAAUGUGCAUCAACGGCGUGCAGGCCGCCAUCUUCGACCGCGACUCGUUCCGUGAAGCCACCUGGAACGGCCCGGCCAUCGGCUACCUGCUGGGCUACACCUUCGCCCUCUGCCUGUUUUACAGCCUUGUGCCGCUGCUGCUGCGCAUGGCUAGCGCCGCCUUCUACAACAUCUCGCUGCUGACGGGCAACUUCUGGGGCAUCAUCAUCGGCGUCAACGUCUUUGGCUACGCCGUCCACUGGAUGUACCCCAUCGCCUUCGUGCUCAUUAUCCUCGGCCAGGUCGCCUACUUCCUCGCCGGCAGUAUGCUGGGCGACUCCAAGAAGCCGUGGCUGGGCGACAACCAGGAGAACGGCGUCGCCGGCCUGGGCACCGCUAAGCUCAAGGCCAUUAACGCCGCGCGGAAGCGGCAGAUGGGCACUCCUGGGGUGUCCGGCACCCGCGAGAGACGACCAUCUGCCGAAUCAGUUGUUUGAGGAGGAGCUUGGUUCGGGAUGCGAGAGGAGGGGGGGGCACGGUUAUAUGUCUUGGUUUUCUCUUCAUGGCAAUUUGUCUUUCACCCCGCGAUUCUGAGCUUGUUGUGGCGAUGGCCGUGGACGACUCACAACGCUAGCCGGGACCGACGUGGUGAGAUCCAUGUUUUGAUAUUCCCGUGUUGGAGCCCUCCGCACGCACGUACAUCAUGUAUCCCCCGUUAUGCAAGGGGAACAACGUUACUACACUAUUGGAUAUGCAAGACUUCACCACUUACUUAUCGUAUCAUCAGCUGUCGUG